CCCUCCCGGUCGGCUGGCGGUUGGGGCCCUGCUCUGGGCUGUGGGUGCAGCCCCUGGGGGUGGGGGUGUGGGGGGAGGGGGGGCAGAGCCAUGCCGUGUGCCCCCACUGACAGUGCUGACAGCCCACAGGGCGAACAGUCUCUCGUGCUCCUGGGACACGUGCCUCAGCAUCAUGGAUCAUCAGGUGCCUCCUUUGGUUCCUCUGUGUUCAACUUGAUGCAUGCAAUUAUGGGAAGUGGCAUUCUCGGCUUAGCGUAUGCAAUGGCCAACACAGGCAUUAUUGGAUUCAGUGCCUUAUUGUUGAUAGUUGCCUCGCUGGCGGCAUACUCCGUUCACCUGCUGCUUGACAUGUGUACACAAACUGAGCAGAAAUCCUAUGAAGACCUUGGGUUUUGUGCCUUUAAGACCACUGGAAAGGUUCUUGUUGCCAGCACUAUAUUAAUGCAGAACAUUGGAGCAAUGUCCUCCUAUCUGUUUAUUGUGAAGUCUGAGCUUCCAGCUGCAAUUGGUGGCUUCCUACACUCUGAUUACAGCGGGACACCGUGGUACCUCAACGGACAAAUCCUUCUGAUCAUCACCGUUCUCUGUAUUGUCCUUCCGCUUGCUAUGCUUCCAAAAAUAGGAUGUCUUAGUUACGCAAGUGGUCUGUCCAUCUUUUUCAUGGUCUACUUUGCUAUUGUGAUUAUCGUUAAAAAGUGGAUGAUCCCUUGCCCACUUCCAGUUAAUGGUACCGUCGACUUUAUUCAGAACACUAACUCCACUGAUGAAUGUAAACCAAAGCUUUUGGAUAUUUCCUACAAGAGUGUGUACGCAAUUCCAACCAUGGCCUUUUCAUUUCUGUGCCACACUUCUGUCUUGCCCAUCUACUGCGAGCUGCAAAGGCCUUCAAAGAGCAGGAUGCAAAAAGCAGUCAACACAGGAAUUUCUCUGAGCUUUGCCGUGUACCUACUGUCUGCCUUAUUUGGGUAUUUAACCUUUUAUGACAAAGUGGAUUCUGAGUUGCUGCACAGCUACAGCCAGUACAUGCCACAGGAUCCUGUUAUCAUGUCCGUCAGAGUCUGCAUGCUGUUGUCUGUGCUUCUGGCUGUGCCUCUGAUACAUUUCCCAGCAAGGAAGUCUUUUAUGCUGCUGUUCUUUCCAAACAGUCCCUUCUCGUGGCUCCGGCACACAUCUGUCACGCUGGCUAACCUCACUGCCAUCGUGCUGCUGGCGAUUUACAUGCCAAACAUCCAGAAUAUUUUUGGCGUAGUCGGCUCCACUACCUCAUCUUGUUUACUCUUUAUCUACCCUGGGCUCUUUUACCUGCGAAUAAGCACCGAACCUUUCAAAUCAGUCCAGAAGCUGGGGGCUCUCGGUUUGAUUAUUCUCGGCUCCUGCCUUGGUGUGCUUAGUUUGCCUGUAAUCAUUCUAAACUGGGUACAGAGCGAACAGAGAUUACCUCACAGCUGAUUCAGACCACUGAGGAGAAGUCGCACAUUGAUAAAUGACCAAAAUCAAAACCUCUCAGGAAAUCGUCAGUUUAUGCAUUGAAAUCACUAUGGUAAUUGCAACCUAGCACUUAUUUCAAGUUCCUUGGAAACCGUGUCAUGACUGCAAGCAACAAAUUAGCACAACAUGGUAACUUCUGCUUUGAGUGUCAGCAGAUCGAAUGUUAAUAGAAUUAGUGCCAAUUAAAGGACCAAAAACGUAGAUGUGAAUGUCCAGCACAAUUGGUGCCAGAUUAAAAGUAAGGUGUGCUUAUGAGUUCAGCUGGUCUGGGACUCUGCCACAUUGCGAGCGUUCCCACUGAGAAAAGGAAUGAAUAAAGUCAGAGACCAGCUGGGAUGUUUCAUAGAAAUGUUAUUAAUUGGCAGGUUGCUCUGCCACUUGGAUCUCAUUGUGGAAAAUGUUUCCAUGAUGAGGGUCUACAUAAAGUGAGAUCUGUUUACGGCACUGUACUCAAAGUGCAACUUGAUUGCCAAUCUCGCCACCUCCAAAUAUUUGUCCUGAACAGUUAACUUUAAAGAACAGCAUUAUGUUAUUGCUAUUUUUGUGAUCUAUCGUGUGAAAAUACAUAUAAGGAAGGAUGUUUUCACCAUUUCAAUAUUGUACACACUUUGUUAAAAAAUAUACUGUUGGUGAAUAACCUUUUUUUUUGCACGAUCCAGCUUUAUCAAGCGCCUAUUGUAAAGCUUAACACACUAGCUGAAUGCAUGUUAUGGGUGUGGUGUGAAUACGUGUCUCUGACUUAGUGCACAUGGCCAGUGGUGUCAUCAUCCUUUUACAAGACAACUUUGGAUGAAGAAGGCCCUUCGGUUUAUUUGAACUCCUCCUUAGGCCUCCAAUUCCAGAAUCAAGCUGUUAGUUUGAUGUCCUGGCAUGAAAUUGCCUUUCACAACCCUGAAAUAAUUGUACCCUGGUGUAUCUCAAAUUGUUUCUAGGUUUGCGAUUGAAGGGGGGGUAAAUUCAGAACAAAAUCUGCGGAUCCUACUUCAGUGACCGAGUAGUAAACUUAUGGAACAGGCUCCCUAGGGAGAUGGUGGAAGCAGAAAGUGUCGACUGUUUCAAGA